CCUUGCCGCCAGUCCUGCUCGGGGGAGGCGAGGGAAGCUGGCGCGGCCGGGUUGGCGGCCGGGGUUUCGGUGUGUUGCAAGCCCGGUCAGGUUUCCCUCCGCCGGGCCCCUCUCCAUCCGCUCCGACAAAGCGCGAGGAGCGUCCGCACCCUCUCCGGAAACUCCCGGGCGGAUCUUACAAACGGGCUCUUUUCGCGGUCGCGGUUUGGUCGCCUUUUCGGCCGUCUAGUUCACCUCGAGCGGGGGGAGCUGAGCUGAGUUGCGGCGGCGGCGGCAUUCAGAGACGGGUUCGGGAGACCCUUUUGGUCCCGGCCCCGCUUGCAAACUGUCCGGGCCCGGGAGGAACUUCCGUCCUUCCAGCCACCCGCCGGGUAGGCAGCGGGGCCAGGACUUUUCACCAACGUGUCCAGAACUUGAUUGUUGGAGCGGCCGUUGACGUUGGGCUGGUGCGCGUCGGAGAGCUGGCGGCGGGGCUGAUCUCUUCGGCUUGUUUUCCGCUUGGCGUAGGGUGGCGAUGAAGCUGAGCCGGCAGUUCACGAUAUUCGGCAGCGCGAUCUUCUGCGUGGUGAUCUUCUCGCUCUACCUGAUGCUGGAUCGGAGCCACUUGGACAACCCCAAGAACCACCGCCGGGAAGGCUCCUUCCCCCAGGGUCAGCUUUCAAUACUGCAAGAGAAAAUAGACCACUUGGAACGGUUGCUGGCGGAAAACAACGAAAUUAUUUCAAACAUAAGAGAUUCUGUGAUCAAUUUGAGUGAAUCUGUCAAAGAUGGACAACAUAGUCCAGAAGUAUUAAACUUUAAUCAAAGAAAUUUUUCAGAAGUAUUGCCUCUUGCCAAUGCAUAUCUUUCAAUUGAGCCUGAAGAUUGUCAGUUUGCUUCAAAAACUGGAAGUCAAGCUUCAGAUGUUCAAAUGCUGAAAGUCUAUGAUAUUCUUCCUUUUGAUAAUCCAGAUGGUGGAGUUUGGAAGCAAGGGUUUGACAUCACUUAUGAUGAACAUGAGUGGGAUGAUAAACCUCUUCAAGUUUUUGUUGUACCUCACUCACAUAAUGAUCCAGGUUGGCUGAAGACAUUUGAUGACUACUUCAGAGAUCAGACACAACACAUUCUCAAUAACAUGGUUCUUAAACUUCAAGAAGAUAAAGGAAGGAAAUUUAUGUGGUCUGAAAUCUCUUAUUUUUCAAAGUGGUGGGAUGGAAUAGAUAGUCAGAAGAAGGAUGCUGUGAAAAGGUUAAUAGAAGAUGGCCAAUUUGAAAUUGUAACAGGAGGUUGGGUCAUGCCUGAUGAAGCUUCUCCACAUUAUUUUGCUUUAAUUGACCAAUUGAUAGAAGGACACCAGUGGCUAGAGAAAGCUGUAGGAGUAAAGCCAAAAUCUGGCUGGGCAGUUGAUCCAUUUGGACAUUCACCAACUAUGGCUUACCUUCUAAAACGUGCUGGAUUUUCCAAUAUGCUAAUACAGAGAGUUCAUUAUUCAGUUAAAAAACAUCUUGCAACCCAGAAAGCACUAGAAUUUUUUUGGAGACAGAAUUGGGAUUUGGGAUCUGAUACAGAUAUUCUCUGCCACAUGAUGCCUUUCUAUAGCUAUGAUGUUCCUCACACUUGUGGACCAGAUCCUAAAAUCUGCUGCCAAUUUGAUUUUAAGCGACUUCCUGGGGGAAGAGUUAGUUGCCCCUGGAGAGUUCCCCCAGAAGCUAUUCAUUCCGGAAAUGUUCAGCACAGGGCAUGGAUGAUUUUAGAUCAAUACAGAAAGAAGUCAAAGCUUUUUCGUACCAAUAUUUUAUUGGCUCCACUAGGAGAUGAUUUUCGCUAUAGUGAAAGUUCGGAAUGGGAUCAGCAAUAUCAGAAUUACCAGAAGUUGUUUGAUUAUAUGAAUUCUCAUCCUGAGUUCCAUGUCAAGGCUCAGUUUGGAACAUUAUCCGAUUAUUUUGAGGCGCUGAAUAAAGCUGGCAAAUUAGAUGGAAAGAGCGGUAAUUCAGUGUUCCCUGUUUUGAGUGGAGAUUUCUUCACCUAUGCAGACAGAGAUCAUCAUUAUUGGAGUGGCUAUUUUACAUCACGACCUUUCUACAAGCGCUUUGAUAGAGUUCUAGAAUCAUAUUUAAGAGCUGCAGAAAUUCUGUAUUCUUGGGCUGUGGUACAAUCCAAAAAGUUUGAGAAAACAAAAAUGUUUCCUUCAGUAGACUACUAUAAAUUGCUGACAGAGGCAAGAAGAAAUCUGGGACUUUUUCAACAUCAUGAUGCUAUCACAGGAACUUCAAAAGAUUGGGUAGUUGUAGAUUAUGGCACAAGGCUUUUUCAUUCAUUAAUGAACUUGAAGGAGAUAAUCACUGAAUCUGCUCACAUUCUUACUCUGAAGGACCAAGAACUGUAUAGCUACAAUGCAGCAACACCAUUCUUUACAAUGGAUAUUACUCAAUCUUCACAAGACUCUUUGCCACAUAAGACUGUCAUACAGCUGGGAAAACAGCCAAGGCACGUUUUGAUUUUUAAUCCUGUGGAACAAGAACGUUCAUCAGUGGUUUCACUCUAUGUGAAUACGCCUAAAGUUAAAGUACUCUCUCCAACUGGAAAAGCAGUUGUGGUCCAACUUAGUGCAGUAUGGGAUGGAACAUCUAAAAUAUCACAAGAUGCAUACCAGGUCUCUUUCUUAGCUCAGUUACCUCCUUUGGGUUUUGGAGUUUAUGAGCUUCUAGAGGGACUGAAUUCAGAAACUGCACUUGCUGAUUAUAAUCUGUAUCAUAAUGAUAAAGCUAAGUUAGUCAAGCCAUACAGAAUUUUUACUGUUAAAGAGGUACAGAAUGCUUUGGAUGAGAUCAUGUUAGAGAACCAUUACAUGAAAAUCUGGUUCUCUGGGAAUUCUGGACUUGUUGAGAAAAUAAAUACGAAAGAAGAUAAUAAAAACUAUCGAGUAAAGUUGGAGUUUGCUUGGUAUGGAACUACCAGUAACAGAGAUAAAAGUGGAGCUUAUCUCUUCUUGCCAGAUGGAGAGAGCAAGCCUUACGUGUUUUCUGAUCCACCUAUCAUACGAGUGACACAUGGGAUAAUUUUUUCUGAAGUUACUACUUUUUUCAAUCAUGUGACACACACUGUACGACUUUAUAAAGUUCACGGAUUAGAAGGUCAGUCUCUUGAGAUAUCCAAUAUUGUGGACAUAAGAGGAGAAUACAAUCGUGAGAUUGCAAUGAGAAUUUCAUCUGAUAUAGAAAGCCAUAACAAAUUUUAUACUGACCUCAAUGGAUAUCAGAUUCAGCCUAGACAGACAAUGAGUAAAUUGCCUCUUCAAGCAAAUUUUUAUCCAAUUACCACAAUGGCUUAUAUACAAGAUAGCAAGAUUCGCUUGACCCUUCAUUCUGCUCAGUCUCUUGGGGUUGCAAGUUUAAAAAGCGGCCAGUUAGAGGUUAUCAUGGAUCGUCGACUUAUGCAAGAUGAUAAUAGAGGUUUAGGGCAAGGUGUACAGGACAACAAAAUAACAGCUAAUCUGUUUCGACUUCUGCUGGAGAAAAGAAAUGAAGUAAAUAUGAAAGAAGAACAGUCAUCUGUCAGCUACCCUUCUAUACGCAGUCAUGUAACAUCAGCUUUUAUAAAUCAUCCUGUGAUUCCAAUGAUUACUUCUGCAGGCAGCUUUAUCUCUUCACUUUUGAAUACUUUUUCUCCUUUAAUUUCAUCUAUGCCAUGUGAUAUGCAUAUAGUUAAUCUGAGGACAAUACAGUCAAAGAUAGAUUCGGGGCCAUCUGAAGAAGCUGCCUUGAUUCUUCACAGAAAAGGUUUUGAUUGUAGAUUUGCAAACACAGACUUAGGGCUCCUUUGUUCCACCACUCAGGGAAAGUUAAGGGUGCACAAACUCUUUAACAAAUUCCAUGUGGAAAGUCUAAUAUCUACGUCCCUAUCUUUGAUGCAUUCAUUUCCAGAUGCCAGAAAUAUCAGUGAGAUUAAUAUGAAUCCUAUGGAAAUUAACACAUACAGAAUUCAGUUGAGAUGAAAACUGAUUUUUGGACUUGGAUACUAAAGAAGAAUAUACACUUCUGUGUCUUCUCAAAGAUUAAUGUGCAAUAAAAAGCACAUUUUAAUUCCAGCUUCUAGAUACUGUGACAAUGCAUUCAUUUUAGAAUCUAUUUGAUCUUAAAUGCCAUAAAAGCCAUGAUGCAAACAGUUUUUCUUAUUCUCUAAUAAAAUGCCAACAUCAGUAUACAUGAAUACAAGAACUGAGGGAGAAACAAAGGAUAUUAUCUCUCAUCAACAAAAUGAAUCUCAGGUUAAAUAUUAGUUUAUGACUUCUAAAUUCAUAAUUUGUACCUGAAAGGGAGUUAACACUGAAUUUAAAUUGUUUUCUGAUCUCUAGCUGACUCUUAAAUACAUACAUUGUUGAAAUCACAGUUUGAGAUUGAACCUGAAAAUUCUCUGGUGAAGCUAUUGUCCAAAUACUUGUAAAGACUUCUAUAAAUUAUUAUUUCAUCUUUUCCACAAGGAGUCUGCAUUUAUCCCACUCUCUCUAACUCUAGAGUGAAAACAAGAACCUUUAAGAAAUGUGGACGAUUUUAAUAUUAGCCAACCAUCUUGAACUGUGGAACUUAAUUCUGGAAUUAUACAUCUUUUUUGGAAAAUACAUUAAAUCUGUAUUGUUACUUGACACAUUGGGAUACGUGCAAUUACUCCAGAAUACAGAAUAAUGAAGAUGGAAGUCUGAGUACAAGUUUUUUUUACUGAAUACUUGGAUACUAAUGCUCUCUGAAUUGUGUUUUCUAUUUCAAUUUAACCUUAUCAAAAUAAAUGUGCCUUAUUUUUUUUAUAAGUGUUGUUACUUUUUAUGUGUCCAUAACAAGAAACAGGACAAAAUGGGGUUUACAGUUUAAAAAAAACUAUCUUUUAUUUGACAGUAAUGGCCACAUUCUGAUCUACUGCAGCCUGUGUGACCUAAUGGUGCUUUGAACACUAUGAAUGUAGAAAAAUAAAACAAACACAUGAAUAAAAGAUUUAAAAUAAUCAUUUGCUGGCAAAUAAACAUUUGGAGGCUGGCAGAAAUUUGUCUUGUGCAUUACAACAUCAUGUGCCUCUCUUUAAAAAACUGUUGUACAAACUCAGUAUUUAGCCAAUUUAGUUUCUUUGCAUCAAGCAUUUUAUGUUGUUCUUGAAGCCAUGUGGCUUUAAAAUUUUCAUCUCUCAAUAAACUUUUUUUAAAGAAUUUCAAUUAUUUAAAGCUGCAGUCCUAUCAAACGUUUGCAAUCUAUUGGGUGGUGUCUUUUACUGUAUGAACCUUAAGUCCCACUGAGUUUAAUGGACUUCAAUCAAGAAAUGUACUGUAUAAGCUUGCGCAAUAAAUUGUAGUUCAGUAUGAUUCCAGUUUAUUUCAUUUUUUAGGUUCCUUUAAAACAAAUAACUGGAGAAUUGCUUUUGGACUCAUAUAUUAUGUACUCUGUUCAACUUAUGUAUCUAUUAUUAAUUUAGCCACCAUUCCAAACUUUUAAUACAUUUAUGAUAUUCAGUGUUGAAAGUUUCCAUUAUAGUUGCUCUACUUCAGUUAUAGAAGAGUGUCACCUCUGCUAUUAAAAAGUCAGCAUAAGGAACUGAAAAUAAAUUUAUGCAAUAAGUGUACACUUUUUAAUACUUUUAUUUGAAUGGAAUUUUAAUUGCAGAACCUUUCUGUCAUUGUUACUUACCAUUUUCAUAGAUUUCAUUUUCAUAAAUGCUAUACAUUUUGUAGGUUACCCCUCCCAAAAUUAUUCAGCAUAUUAUACCAAUAACCAUUUCAUAAGUUUUUAUCUUUUUACUGUAGAACAUUUUUAUUUUAUUUAUAGGUCACCCAAAAUUGUUUAGGAGUUGGAUCACCAAUAAAUUAAGGAAAAUAAACACCAACAACAUAAUUAUAGUAUUACUAGUAUAAACCUCUUCCUAAACCUAGUUCCUUCCAGAUAUUUAAAAGUUAGAUUUUUACAGUCCUUGAUGUAUAAGGGUUGUAAUUUAGCAUAUCUGGAAGGCAUUGGACUAGGUAGGAUUAUAACUGAAUAGGAAUGGAACUCCUGUAGUAUAUACUUCCUGAAUCUUUCUCUAUGCCAUACAGAAAACUAAAUGAGAAAAGAUUUCCUCAAUAAACUGAGAAAUACCUAGUAUUCUUUUAAUAUAUUACGAAUACAACUCUACAAAUUUUCCGCCCCAUAGGUUAUUUUAUUAUGGUAGAACACUGGCCACACCCAAAUCUUGGCUGUCAAAACUUAAUUUUAAAAGAUUGCAUUGAAAAUUUGGUCACCUCUUUUGGAGAACCUGAUUGCAAAGGGGAUCUGCAGUCCUACCUUAAACCUACUUAAUAAUUAUUGAAUCUAACGUAUCUUUCUAGUAAAGGAUUGUGAUCUAUGUUUUAUGACUAAAAGUCUUAAACUGUACAAUCAUGCUUAAAUUAUUAAUGAUCUUUUGCUUUAUUUCAUAAUAUGGCAUAAUAUGGCAUGUUGCAAUAGUAAUUGAUUGUAUAUAUUCUGAAGUUUGUCAAAAAACAGUCCAAAAUGUAUUUCUCUAGGAAAUUGAUAACUUCUCAGUUUUAGUGGCAUAAUUUCUAAUACCUAUACAGAUAGGAUCAGGGUUUGCCUCCCAAGAGCAAAAUUCUUUCAUAGUAGUCAUCUGAUCCAAAAGAAGGAAUUUGCUAAUGAAUUGAGAGAUCAAUUUUUUUGAUUACUCCUUGCAACCUCUUUAACUCCAGAAAGAUUGGGAGUCUUUGGAAUAGUUUAGUUAGAGUGAUUAAUGGGGAAGGGAAUUGAGAAAAUUGUUUCACUUCAUGUCUCUGUAAAUGAAAGCAUUAUGAGCAAAGGUCUGUUCAAGGGAUGCUACUGCUAGUAAAUUCUGGAUCCCAUCUUGGGUAUUUUAAGAUCAGUUUCUAUAUACCACAUACUAAGCAGUUAAAAGAUUAUAUCUUCAGUAAAUCUGAAACCAAAUUCUUCUGUAGGAAUGUGGAUUUUGAACAAUCCUUUAUAGUUUGAUUUCUUUUGAAACCAACUGAUUUAAUUUGAAUGAUCAUUUUCAUAUCUUUAUUUCCAUAGAUUUUCUUUUUUUCUUCUUCUUGCAGAGGGAGAGUAAUGUGUUUGCCAAUAAAAAUUCUGUUAUGAU